AUUGCGUCGAAUCCUGUUUUCCAUGAACGCACAAAGCACAUAGAGUCCGAUUGUCAUUCAGUACGUGAUGCGGUUAAGGAUGGCACUAUUGUUACUCAGCACAUCCGAACAGAGUCUCAGAUUGCUGACAUUCUUACUAAGGCGCUAGGACGAGCUACAUUUCAAAAUUUAGUGUCCAAGUUGGGCAUCGUGAAUCCUCACUCUCCAACUUGAGGGGAAGUAUUGGCGUGGAUAUGCUAUAUUAGAGAUAAUGAUCGAGAGUUUGUGAUAAGUAUUAGAAAUAUAGAUAAACACUCCUAUUGUUAAGGAAGUGAUCGUUGAUGAUAAGGCCAAAGAGCCGACUCUCUUAUUGUAUAAGUAGGUUGGCAUUACCGUUCUAAUAACACAAGUACUUUCGGUAUCUAAAUCUACAGUAAGAUAUGGUUUGGGUCCGUUUUCACGCCUGCCGUAUGGGUUCUUGAUCGCAAGUGAGUGAUUCCGUUUGUUAAAUGUAUGGAGUCAUGUUUUGUAAGUUAAGUGUCUUUUGUUUGUUGCUUGUAUUUAAAAAUAGACAUGCUUGUAUGGUAGAUGCAUCCACUGUACCAUGUACAGUUGCAAUAAUUAAAUACUUCUGCAGGUAUAACUUUUAUGCAUGUUUCUUACUUUCCUAUGCUCAAAUAUAGUUGCUCCUCUUCUUCCUUAUCGUACCUCUCUUGUCUCUCCUUCCUCUUGUUUUACUUUGUUCCCAUACGGCCUCACCCUCGCAGAGAAUAAGAUGGUAACACAAAUGUACUACGUCGAUAUGAAUACAUACAGAAAAGUAAUCACAUUGCAUAAAGAAAGUAAAUUACAUUCAUGUAUAGCAUUAGUUUGAAGCUAAACCUGAGAAGACGAAACUUUUGAUGAAGAACAGCUACAUGAAAGAGAGAGAGAUAAGACACCUGAGCUUGCAAAGGACAUUCAAGUGUGCAGGCGACUGAUUCAGAGGGGUUCAAUAGAUAUACAAUCGUGUUUAAAUUAAACCCAUUAAAGGGUUUUAAUAGGCCCAAUUAAGAGAUAGAGAGACCGGAAACUGAUUCAUAUUUUUACCAUUUUGGAAUAUUUUUGACAUGUUCCUUGAAAUGUAUUAAUCCGAUGUCUGAAUCAGAGAAGCAUAAUUUGCUUACUUGUUUUAAAGGUAAUGAUUGAAGUUGACCCUAGGUCGAUAAUGCCUUUACAUUAUAGAUCACCGACCGUUGUUGUUGUUUAUUGAAUUUAACAUUUAAUAUAUUUUUCAACAAAUGUUUUCUUUUUUUUUGGUGGGUCAACAAAUAAAUAAAAUGCUUAUGUAUAUGCUUACAACUUGCUUAUGUAUAUGCUUACAACAUUAGAAUUGUUUGUCCAAAACUUUUUCCACCUGAUUUCCACGAGCCUCCAACACUUUCUUGAGGCUGAGUCAUCUUUCAAUAUUCUUUAAUGUAAAUGAGUGUACUCUUAAUGCAUGCAAUAUUCUUAUUAAUGGUGACUGUACAUAGUUCUCGCGUGGUACAUAGACUCUGGCGUGUGCCCACUUACGUUCUGAGAUCCAAAUAUUUCUCUUUAUAGUAUAGGUGAGUCGUAUAACAUUUCGGAAACACUUAUUAUAUAGUUUCUUAAAUUUUAUUUAACUAGAGAUUUAUUUGUUUAUUUUAUCUUGUUAUCCGGAUAUAAAUAUAUUCUACAAUUAUAUCUUUACCCAUAGUUCAGGGAAGUCCCAGCUUCAAGAGAAAACAUAAUCUUAGAACUUGUCAUUAAUCAAACAAAAAUGUGUGCAUUAGUCCCUCCAGUGUUCCCAAACUUUGGGUGGCCUUCGACAGGAGAGUACGAGAGUAACUACCUGGUCGGAGAGAACCUCGACGACUUUACGUUCCUUGAUUGUCCGGCACCAGAGACAUAUGGAGUGGAACAUCAUCAGGAGAUUCAGGAAAUGUUGGGGGUCUCUGUUCCGUCCGAGGGGAAUGGGGUCGUGACCAAGAAGCUUAAUCACAAUGCUAGUGAGCGUGACCGUCGCAAGAAGAUCAACUCUUUGUUCUCGUCUCUUCGUUCAUGUCUUCCAGCUUCUGAUCAAUCGAAGAAGCUAAGUAUUCCUCAGACGGUUUCUCGGAGCUUGAAGUACAUACCAGAGCUACAAGAGCAAGUGAAGAAGCUAAUACAAAAGAAGGAAGAACUCUUGGUGCGAGUAUCAGGUCAAAGAGACAUUGAACAUUACGUUGAGCCGCACCCAAAGGCCGUUGCACGUUACGUCUCGACCAUUUCUGCGACUAAGCUUGGAGACAACGAAGUGAUGGUCCAAAUCUCAUCGUCCAAGAAUCAUAACUUUUCGAUAUCUAAUGUGUUGAGUGGGUUAGAAGAAGAUGGGUUUGUUCUUGUUGAUGUUUCAUCUUCAAGGUCUCAUGGAGAAAGGCUCUUCUACACUUUGCAUCUUCAAAUGGGAAAUAAAGAUGAUUACAAACUGACAUGCGAAGAGCUACGCCAGAGAAUGUUAUACUUGUAUGAGGAAUGUGGAAACUCGUUUAGAUGAUAAUUUGUUCUUGUUUCUUUAGUUAUGUCAUCGAUCCGUUUCUCAACAUCUAACAUUCAUGUAGGCGAGUUAUUUUGUUUAUUUUUCUUGUUGAAGUCGAUGAUCGAUUAUUACAUUUACAUGCUAUUGAAUAUUGACUGAUUACUAUGAAAUUCAUGCUAUUGCCGAAAACUUU